AUGCGUUGUAAGUGUCAAUCGCAUUCUAUAAACGGUGGUAAUCGUUUGUUUGAAAUUUAUCCAACAUUGGAUAACGAGUGGCAUCCUCGUUAUUUGAAUAACAUCGAAAAUAUCAUUCGUUCUGAUAUUUGUUCUCGAUUACAAUCGUUAGUUUUACCAGCUACUUCACCUGAACUAAUACAACUCAUAUUUCAUGGUGAAUUUCCUUGUUUAAGAAUCUGUCAUCUUGGUCAAUGCAAACCAAUCAUUCUUCCAUCAUCAAUGACUAUUCAGCAGCUAAAUUUUCGUCAAUUAACUAUACGAGAACAAAAUGGUCAUGAAUUAGAAAGAAUUUUAUUGGUUUGUUCUUCUUUGGUGUAUCUUGAUUUCUCAUGUGAUAAUGUUAUUCCUCCAUUUAUUUUUAUAAAUCGUUGUUUUUCAUCUAUGAAAUAUCUUCGACUUGGUCGCCUUAAAAAUUUUUUUUUCCACAAUGGUCAAUUCGAUUUUCUUCUCUCACUCUUUCCAAAUCUUCUACAAUUCUAUUUAACCGCUAAUCAAUGUCGUGAAAAUGUUGAAACCAUCAUAUUUAGAGAAAUUGCACAUUAUCUACGUCAUCGAUGUCCAUUACUGAAAAUAUUAGUUUUACGUAUUUAUAUGCAAGGACAUAUGCGUUCUUCUUAUUCUAUAGGUAAUUUUAAGGAGAUCACCGAGAUGCAUUCUCUUUUCAAUUAUAUCGAGAAAUGUGAUUCGCGUCUAAUGAUUACUUCACAUGGUUUUAUUCAGCAUCAUGUUUAUACGCGUCGAUAUGCUCGUCCUUCGUUCAAAUAA